UGAUGCAUUGAUGGAAAAUGGCACAGUCUACGAAUGAAGAUAUAAAAAAGUUGUUGGACUAUCUUCAGUCUGACCUAAAGAAUAUCUCUUUAGAGACAAAGCGUCGACAUCCUGGAGUCAAGGAAAGUGCGGAAGAAGCGAUCGUCAAGAUUCGCAAUGCUGCAGUUUCUUCCACUCCACUCACAUAUCUCUCAAACCAGAUCCUGUACCCCCUUGUCCAGGGGUGUGAGACCAAGGAUACUAAAGUUGUAAACUUGAGCCUUCAGGUCAUACAACGCCUUAUCACUGCCCAGGUCCUGGAUGCCAAGGGGGCCAAGUAUGUUGUGGAAACAAUGUGGAUGCUCAUGGAAGCUAAUCUCGAGGAGGUUCGCCUGCUACAAACCCUGACACUGUUGACCACAACUAACACUGUACUGCAAGGAGAAGCUCUGGCAAGAUGUCUUGUUAUAUGUUUUAGAUUAGCCUUUAGCAAGGAUACUACAGUUAACACAACCGCCGGUGCGACAGUUCGUCAUCUGGUAUCGGCGGUGUAUGACAGGGCAAUGUCGGUGAAGGAUACAGUCCCCGCCACGUCCAAAGGCGGGUUGGCUGAUCUACCGCCGACGGUAACAGAUGCUUAUAUGCUGUUCCAAGACCUAAUUCAGUUGGUGAAUGCUGACCAGCCCAUCUGGCUACAGGGAAUCGUAGAAAUGACGCGAACCUUUGGUUUGGAGCUCUCAGAGUCAGUGUUGAGUAAUUACAGUCUUGUGUUCUACAAAUACCAGCCUUUUAGAAUCCUUCUCAAGGAGAAAGUUUGUUCUCUGGUGAUCAAACUGUUUUCUCCCAACAUUAAGUACCGCGGAGGCACAGGAGGAGUAGGAGGUCAGCAAGCUGCUGCAUUCGAUAAACCUUAUUAUCACAUCUCACUCAGACUUCUUAGAGUUGUCUCCGUUCUUGUAGAAAAAUAUUAUAGGUUGUUAGUGACUGAGUGUGAGAUUUUUCUCUCUUUGAUUGUCAAGUUUCUGGAUCCGGAUAAACCUGCUUGGCAGAGAUCCUUGGCACUAGAGCUUAUCCAUAGGAUGGUGGUUCAGCCUAGACUUCUCAGGGAAUUUUGUCGAUGGUAUGACUGUAGACCACACGCUACAAACAUAUUUCAGGAUAUGGUGAAUAGCCUGGGAGCUUAUGUACAGAAUGUAUUUGUAUCCAGCCAGCCAGCUGAUCCACAGCCUCAGCAGCUGGCCUCCCCUGGACCUCCCAGCCUCCUAGCUGGCCUUCCUGUAGGCCCUGGUGUAUCAAUACAGCCCGGAUUCUACUAUAGAGGUGUAUAUCAACCACUUCUAAUCUCCUGGAUUGGUGGCACUGCUAAGUGCACCUACCUGGAUAUGACCGACCGACAGGAACCACCCCCGCUCCAGGACGGAUACGGAGUAUCCCUGGCUUUCAGCUGUCUCCUGGACAUUAUCAGAUCCAUCAGUUUAAUCAUAGAUCAUGAUCAAACCAACCAUGUUGUUUCUGAUUCCGAUGAACAUGCUGGAGAAGAAGAGGUUGGUCUUGAAGCUGUCCGUGUCCAGCUGCUAGAAUCCAGCUGGUGUGGACUGCUGUCAGCUCUAGCUCUGCUGCUUGAUGCUGCUACUGAGGAUUCAACAGCUGAGAAUAUUCUGAAAUCUAUGCAGCUGUUUGCCAGCCUGUCUGCUAGACUUGGGCUCAAUAAACAACGAGAUUCUUUUAUAACAGCAGUCUGUAAAGCAUCCUUACCCCCGCACUAUACUCUUAGUGUCUUGAAAGCCACACCUAGCACUCAACUUGUCACAGGGGCGUCUAUGCCUGGUCAUCAUGAAGACGGAGGAUCAGUGUGGGAUGGAGAUUAUCGUCAUCAAGUAGUUGCUGUUGGAACACCCCUCCCUACUAGUUCCCUUCCACCUAGUGCACAGCAGGGACCUGUUAUGCUAACUGCUAAGAACCUUCAGUGCAUGCGCGCCAUACUUUCCAUUGCGCACUGUCACGGUGAUCUACUCGGCCCGGCCUGGCAUAUUGUAUUAACUACUCUUCAGCAUCUAGUCUGGAUUCUUGGUCUUAAACCCACGGCAGGGCAGGGGGGACAUCUCAAGGCAGCAAAAUCAAGCAGUGAGACAAAUGCCGUGAUAACCACAGCUGUUAUGGCGGAUCUGCCUGUCCUAGCGACCAUGCUGUCCAAUCUGUUCGAGUCCAGCAGUAACUUGAGCGAGGAGUCCCUUCACCACCUCGUCGACGCUCUCAUAGUCAUCAGUGGAGAGUCUCUCCAGCUAGCUUACAAUAAUAGGGAGCCCAGUCUCUUCGCUGUAGCCAAGCUGCUGGAGACUGGAGAUGUAAACAUGUGUAGGAUUGAAACUAUCUGGGUUAAGAUCACAUGUCAUUUGUUGGAGGCAUGUUCUCACCCUCAUGGUAAAAUGCGGGAGUGGGGCGGGGAGGCGUUAUGUAACCUGAUCCAGGCUUCAUUGAAGUAUCACCACAACCCUCCUCUUAACAGUAACCCCAGGCUGCAAACACUACUCUUGGGACCUUUGGUAGAACUCUCAGCUAUCCCACAUCCUGAUAUUAGAGCCAGACAGCUCGACUCAGUCAUGCAUAUCCUUCAUUCUAGUGGAGAGGUACUAACCCAAGGUUGGCCUCUCAUAAUCACUGUUAUCGGAGCACUACGUCCGCAUCAUUCUGAAACCUUGGUAAGAACAGCGUUCCAAGCCCUUCAGCUAGUGCUAACAGAUUUCCUUCCCCUUACACCUCACCACAGUUUGCCGCUAGCUGUAGAUACUGCCGCCAAAUUUGGAUCUCAAACUCAAGAUCUGAACAUAUCCCUUACAGCUGUUGGACUGUUGUGGAAUCUAGCGGAUUAUUUUUUCCAGAACCAAGAUCAGCUGAAGAAUGCCAUCAUCGCAGAACCCAAGAUUCUCCCUGACCUCCCAGGCUUCAAGGAGAUGUGCGUCUUUGACAAGCUCUGGAUGUGUUUGUUCUCCAGACUUGGAGACCUCUGUUUGGAUAGUCGUCCUGCAACAAGGAAAUCUGCAGGACAAACUCUUUUCUCCACAAUAGCAGCUCAUGGUUCCCUUCUCCAGACUCAAACAUGGCAGGCAGUUCUUUGGCAGGUUCUCUUCCCUCUCUUGGACAAGGUCUCUAUUGAGUCAGGUUUGGCGAGUACAAAGAAGGCCGGGGAUAAUCUUCUAAUUCACCACAGCAGGAAUACAGAGCAGAAACAGUGGUCUGAAACCCAAGUUCUGACAAUCUCCGGGGUAGCAAGAGUGUUUGUGACCAAGCGAAUUCUGCUCACUGCUCUCGGAGAUUUUCUUAAGGCUUGGCGACUGCUACUUGAGCAUAUUGAGAAGCUUUCUCUUUCUACUACACAAGAAGUUAGUUUGGCAGCUCUCAAAUCCUUUCAUGAAAUGGUGGUUUCAGGUGAGGAGAGUGGUAACCCCGACAAGAACCGUUGGAGCUCCGCCUGGUCCUCCUGGCUCUCUAUAGGGAAGAAAUCCACCUUGAUGGAUCUCAAGCUCUUGGAGACAUCCUCGCCACCAACCGUCCCUAGCCAACCAUUCCUAACCUCCAUAGCUCAUAUUUUCCCCCUUCUCUUCCCCCACAUACAGGCUAGCUUCUCCGUGAAGGACCUGGAGAACCUAUCCUCUGUAAUCCACUCCCUGGUAAGUAUCCCGGUACUAUCGGAUACUGAGCUGGGAUACAUCCUCUCCGGGAACGAUGAUUCCCUUCUUCCUCUUCAUAUUUCUAUAUUCAAGUGUGUUAGUGCUCUUGAAAAUCAUGCGCUUUCCUCUAAUCCCUCUUUACUGCUAGGAGUAUUUAGAUUGUAUGAGAAAUUAAGUAUGCUUGUUCACACUUGGCCCCAAGGAGCACACCUCUGCCAAGUCAAAGGAUUGUAUCCGUCUAAAUUUGUUCUAUUUGGUGAGAAAAUGCUAAUCUCCCUGGGUCGGCUUUAUGAAAAGACUCUUUUUUUUCCCAUUGUCCAAGAGAGUAGUGUACUGCUGGAUAUUGUCAAUACUGUUCGUGUACCCCUGAGUAAGAAGUAUGCUUGUGCUAAACAGACCUCCUGGAGAAUAGCCAAGGAGGUUUUCUUAUCUGUGAUUGGAAUAAGUUUAACGGAUUCAACGGUGAAUAAAGACGACCCUACCAUGACCAAAGUGAAUGAAAGUGAAACUGAGAGAGUUCAACGAGCUGAAGUUUGGGCAGCUGUUAGUGAAACCUUGGAUAGUUUUCUUUUCCCAGAGUCUAAACCUCCACAGGGUCGGACCGCUGAGGAUCUAUGUGAAGAUGAACUACUGGACUGUGAUAUUAUUGAAUUCCUGAAGGAGAAGGUUCUUUCUCAGCCGUCCUUGUUCCCUCAUGAAUUCCUACUUUCCGUCAUGGUUAUUCUUAACAAGGGGAGUAUACACAGUGCUUCACAGUCUUCGUUCAAUUCUGAUUUGAACCAGAACCUUGAUGUUUAUGUUUCUAUCAGGGAAGAUUUUGCCCGGAUAUGUUUUGAAACCCUUCUUCAGUUCAGUUUACUAGAGGAAUCAGAACAGGUGAAUGGGAACUCUGAUGAUAACCUGGUUCAAAGAAAGAAAUUUAAUCAAUUCAUUCUACGCGGAGAUGAUGAAAAGAUAACAAAUAAACUUGCAGUAACCUCCCUUCUUUAUAGAUUCAAGGAAGUGCUAAAGAAGUAUGUUGCUGAUGAAGCACUUCAUUCUCCUGUUCCCCUUCCAGCUCACAGGGUGUCUGAGAUGUCCUUUGUCCUAAAAGCUGUCGCAACUCUAAUCUCCAGCCUCAAGAAAUCUUCCAACGAAGUUGACAGAAGAACCUGGGUUCAGUUGAUAGAUCUGUAUCCUGACCUCGUAUCCGCUACAGCCUCCACAGCACCCUCAGUAGCCUCCAGCCUCAAGCAGGCGCUCCUUCAGUACGGUGACCUCCUGCAGCCUCCGGUCGCGGAGCAAAAUAACGGGCUCCAAACCUCGAGUCACUGAACCUCACUUAGAGCUUAAAAACAAAUUUUUAAUGCGAAAUAGAAUUUAAAACAAUCCAAUUCGAUACAUUCCUGGACCCUGGUGUAACAUCAAUUGUUAGCGCAUUAAAUUAUAAGAAAGAUAAAUUUUACAGAUUUAAAAAAAAUAUUUUUUACACACAUAAUAUGAUUGCAAUACAUUAUCAUUGUUAAAUGUAUACAAUAUACAUGAUUAAUAUUA